GAUUCAUGCACUGUUCGAUGAACGCCACCUUCGCUUGCGUUUCGAUAAGAGAGAGAAUGGGGCGGCGAAUGCGCUCGCUCCUGCGUCGUUCUUUCGAUCCCCUUCUCGGCCUUGCUAUUGACGAUCCGCCUACGGUAGUCUUGCCGGAGACGGUUGCGAGAGCAGUUUGUCGUUGGGGGAAGCACCGAUCUUAGUGUUCUUUCCUACUUAAAAUCUCGUGAUUUGGGGGAUAUAAUCACGAUACUUUAUCCUUUUGGAAGAUCGGUAAGGUAUUUAUUUGUUUUUUUCUGCCAAUCUGAGAUUUUUGGAAUUCUCUGGAUACUUCUAAUUGGAACAAGACGGUCGUCUUUGUAUUAAAGUGAGAGAUUAUAGGAAUGGAUGAAUUAUAUGAUUUGGUUGCGGAUAAAGCUGGAUUGGCUUUCCGAACAUAUUGGACCAAAUGACGCUACGAGUUCUUUAUGAGACCAAAGGUGGGGUUUUUGAUAAAGGAUAAUUGAUGGAGGGAAGCCUGGCCGAUUUCAUUCGACGAAAAGAGAUGUUCUACUAGCCAGAUUGCUGAAACAAUUUGAAUACAUGCAAUGACCAGUUGUUAAAAGAUGAAGCGAAUGCUAUCCAAGAAAUCUCACUCAUUGUGGUGGGACAGACAUAUUAGCCGGAAAAACUCCAAAUGGCUUGAAGAAAAUCUUGAAAAGAUGGACCGAAGUGUCACAGAGAUGCUAAAGUUGACAGAAGGGGGUGGAGAUUCAUUUGCAAAGAAAGCUGAGAUGUAUUAUGAGAAGCGCCCCGAGUUGAUUUCCCAUGUUGAGGAGUUCCACCGCAUGUAUCGUGCUCUGGCUGAGCGUUAUGACCAAGUAACCAGUGAGCUCCGCAAGAGCAUUGAAUCAGAAUUGAAAUCUCAAGGCUCAUGGAACGGAUUUAAUUUCCUUUCAAAUCCACCUUCUCCUUUAUCUGAACCAAUUGAAGAGCUCCGUCCUGAGUUAAACAUUUCUCCCGAGUCAAAGCUGCAACAGCCCGACCUCAUUCCCAGGGCUGCCGGGUUCGAUUUCUUCCUUCCAUCUAGCAGUAGUCCUGAUCUUUCUAGGAAGGACAUUUAUGAUUCAUUUUCAUACUCAGAAUCUGAGCCCGAGCUCGAAGAGAUCAAUGAGGAAAGUGAAGAUGACACUCCCUUGGAGAUGAGGGAGAAACUUCAAAUUCAUGAAUACAAAAGCCAUCGCGAGGACGACUGCAGCCUUAAAAUUGCAGCUUUGGAGUUGGAUCUAUCUGCUGCAGAUGAAAAACUUCACUCCGUGGAAACCGAUAUCUGGGAUCUCAAGGAUAAACUCAAGAGCACCAAUGCUUCUUUAUGCACUAAGAUCAUAGAGUUCAAUUUGGAAAAGGAGAAGGUUUCCUGCUUAGAGGAAAAUCUUAUAGAGCUGCAAGAAGAAAUAUUCAGCCUUACCCAUGAAACUGUAAUUCUAAAGGGUGCAGCAAUAUCUACUGCUAGGCAGUUCCACAGCGAGUUACUGAAUCAUGAAUCCAUUGUCGAAGAUUACAAAAACAAACUAAGUCUUGCUGAAGAAAAGUUUAUCCGUGAGAAGUCAAGCCUUGAAGCUUCGAUUGCAGACUUGGAAGGUGCCAACAAGGGACUAAAAGCUGAGGUAAAAAAGGCGUCACAGGAAAAAUUGCUACUCAAAGCCCGUAUUUCUGAACUGGAGCAUAGAAUCCACGAUCUGGAAAUCUCAAACAGCUACUCUGUUGACAAAAUGCUGCAGGAGAAGUCAGAACUCGAAGCUGAAAUUUUUACUCUCUCCCAGUCCAAUUCAUUCCUUGAAGCUGAGGUCACCUCGCUGGAUAACGAAAUGAGGGAGCUUGUAGCUGACAAAAUUUCCCAACACAGUGAGAAACAAAAGCUCGUCGCUGCACUAAACGGGAGUCUUGACGCUCUAAAACUUAAAGUGGAUAUGCUGACAACCGAGAAAGAAGAACUUUCUUCCAAGGCGGACUCCCUUGUCGACGACAUCAGUUCCCGCAACGACAAGCUACUGCAAAUGAAGCAGCAAAUGCAUCACUUGCACUUGGAACGUGCAGAGCUGUUCAUGGAGAUCGAAGAAAGCAAUCAAGCUAGUUCAGAUUUGAAGUCAAGAGUACAAGAACUUGAGGAGGAGGUAGAGAGGCAGAAGGUGGCAAUUUCGGAUGGGGAGGAAGCAAAAAAGGAGGCAAUAAGGCAGCUUUGCGUCUCACUAGAGCAUUACCGCGAUGGCUAUCAUCAACUCAGGCAUUUGCUGCAGGAGAAUCGGCGAUCCGCCAUGGCGGCAAGGUGAUGAACUUGGUCAAGAUUCUUCUUCUUCUUCUUCUUCUUGUAAAACCUUGGUACUUCCAAAUUUUUGGAUGAGGUGGUAUUGUAUAGAAGCCGUCACGCAAUAAAUAGAUGCACAAAAGGGUUUUGAUAAA